AUGACAGCAAGAAGAAUGGAUUUUGCAAGCUAUUACAGCCCUACUCAGCGAGACUCGAUCUCAGCAGACUUCACCGAGCUCGCUCUUGGAGACUUCGGCGCUGGUUCGGUACCAUCCCCCACCUCAACCUCUUUCCCUCUCAACACAUACCAGCUACCGCAGUCGGCCGAAUGGAUGAACUGGACGGGCAAAGCCGCCAUGUCUCCCGAGUUCCCGAGCACUGAAUCUUUUGACAGCCCAAUUAUAUCUGCGCGCUUUCCAUCAUCGACCAGUCCCGCGAUAAAUCCUCUCGAGCUCGCGAAGCGAGAUGUUGAUAACAUCGGCGGCUUUGUCGAGGGCGUUUUUGAUGAUCUCGAAACCCCUCUCUUUGACAACAUUGACAUGAUUCCCGAUCCAAUAUCCCUCCAGGAAACGAAAAUCACUGGCAUCUACCUCAGGAUCCGCCACAUCCUCUGCUCGCUCAUCUCUUUCCCCUCCCUCUCCGCCCCCGCAGCUGUCCCAACCCGCCGGACCUCGGGAGGUUCCACAGCCCAACCCGUUCAACCUAAGAAGACAGCCCACAACAUGAUCGAGAAACGUUACCGCAAUAACCUGAACGACAAGAUUGCGGCCCUACGUGACGCCGUACCUUCUCUCCGGGUUGCUGCCUACAAACUUGAGCACGGGCACCUUCCCGACGAUGCCGAGCUUGACGAAGACCUCGCCGAAGAACUUGGCGGUCUAGUUCCCGCGCAGAAGCUCAAUAAAGCGACAAUCCUCAGCAAGGCUGCCGAAUAUAUCAUGCAUCUCGAGCGACGGAAUAAAGAGCUCGCUGACGAGAAUGCUCAACUGAAAGACAGAGGGGAUAGCGGCAUCGCCAGCGGCCUUGAGGGCAUGUGGAGAUAG